UCCCUCUCUCCUCUUCCGCAGGGGCGUUUCUCAGUUUCUAGACCAUCCAUUGAAACCUUCAUCGCUAAGUAAAAUCCAUCCAUCACUCAAAUCAUUUUAUUUUUCAUUUUCCUCCAUUCUUUGGUCCAAAACAAAAAAAAUUGUUUUUGGUUUUUCAUUUAGACUUUGCUUUAUGCCCUCUGGAAGAGCUUAUCAGCAUAAAGCUCAACGCUUUUUGGGGGGUGCUGGGCUAAUUCACUGGAUGGCGAAUUGCUGAUUUUCUUGGUUUUUUCUGGGGGGGACCCAUUUGAAGGAAAGCAGAGAAUCGGGUGCCUUUCGCGCUGUACCUUCGGCUUCAGGGAGGAAGGCCCGAUUUUUCGUCGUUAUUUUCUGUUGCUGAAUCGAAAUCUGAAGAAGGGUAAUUCGUGUCGGUGUUGGAUUUUUGUGGUGGGCGUCGGAAGGAAAUGGGUCAGCAGCAAUCCAAGGGCGAAUUGCUGUACCAGCAGGUCAGCUAUGGCAACGUCGAAGGAAUCAAAUCCCUCUGCAGAGAAGGCGCGGGCCUCGAGUGGAUGGACAAAGAAGGGAAGACGCCUUUGAUCGUUGCUUGUAUGAAUGCGGAGCUGUAUAAUGUCGCCAAGACUUUGAUCGAAUUGGGUGCCAACGUCAAUGCAUACCGGCCCGGUCGCAAUGGUGGCACUCCCUUGCAUCAUGCAGCUAAGAGGGGCCUCGAGCAUACUGUGAAGUUACUUCUUUCUCACGGAGCAAAUGCACUGGUGAUAAAUGAUGAUUGUCAAACUCCGCUUGAUGUGGCCAGAGCUAAAGGAUACACUAAUGUUGUUCGUACAUUUGAGGGUCACAUGGCUUUAUUCUCUGGUUUGUUACGGGAGUUUUAUGGUCUUGGGUUUCUGGAAGUACUUGCUCCUCAGUUGCUUUCAAGAAAAGUGUGGGUGGUCAUUUACCCGUGUGGUUCUCGAAAUCCCGCAAAGCCAUACAAGUUGGAAUUGGCAAUAUAUCCUAGUAUGCAGGAUGCUCAACCUCGGGCAAUUGUUGCACUGUGGAAGGCCAACUUAGAGGAACCUAAAUUCCACCAUUCUGAUCCUUCAGUGACAAUUGUCGACAAUACUUCAAUCCCAAGGAGGGGCAGGAGGCGGAGAUGCAGGAGGUAUAGGCCACGAACAGAUAGGCAGACCCGUUUCAAAUUUGCACCUGCCAAUGAAAGAGACAGACAGCAACUUCAGUGGUUUUGUGACGCAUGCAAAGGGAUUCCACAGGUCACGCAGCCAGCAUUUUUGCGACCUGCACAGCCACCAGUGCAGGCAACUGCACCUCCUGCUGGAGAAGAUCUAGAAUUAGCAAUGGCAAUCAACGCCUCCAUCCAGUCAGCUAUGCAGGAUGUGCCACCACCUUUUCCUACUCAGCAAGGUGUCGGGACGAGCGCAUCCACCAGCUGGAGUGAUUCUGCAGAAGUUACGAGUCACAGUGAUUUGAGUGCGGCAGCUGUGCCGCCUCCAUCCAAGGAUAGCUGUGGUCCAAGCAAUGGAAUUGCUCCUAUUGCCAUGCCACCUCAAAAUGUUGUAGGUGUCAGUGAGAACUCCAUGCCUGCUCCAUCAGCCCCUCCGGCAAAUACUGAGGUUGUAGAGGACGCCCCAAUUCAAUAUCCAUCCAUUGACCUGAGUCCGAUUGAUAUGUCCACCCCAGUAAUCAAUGACUCACCACCUGUUGGCUCUAGUGGGAGCAAAGAAGAAGGAAGCGAAGAGACAUGCUGUGUGGUUUGUUUGGAUGCUCCCGUUCAGGGAGCUUGCGUGCCAUGUGGGCACAUGGCCGGCUGUAUGUCUUGCUUGGAAAAGAUCCAAGCCAAGAAAACCGGGUGCCCAGUUUGUCGUACCAAGAUCAACCAAGUCAUAAGGCUAUAUGCUGUUUGACUGUGAAGCUUGCCUAUAUCGAGCAGGUACAGUGAUCGUUAUUACGUUGAGGUUUUGAGUUGGUACACAUAUGCAAGUUUUCUUGAAGGUUGACGGGUUGAUAUUGCUUAGAGCUUAUAGGUCAUUCGAGAAACAUGAAGGAGGAGCAUGAUUGUAGUACAGACAGUUGAUAAUGAGUUUACUGCAUCAGUGUACUUGUCCAACCCGUAAAUCAGCUCGUGCUCUUGUAAUCUACUUUCCGCAGCAUCUUUAUCUCCAGUAUAUGGCAUAAACUGAGAGCACAAAUUUGAUUGCUUUAUGUUUUUGUGUGGGACUGUAAAGCAAAGAGUGGUACCGUUUCGUUUGUUAAUAGCAUCGGCACCUCUUGAGGUGGGUAUAUGGUUUGAUGCUC